CUCUCCCUCCCGCACUUCCAUCCCAGCUGCACCAAAGCCGAGAUACUUGCACUCUUCUCUCUUUUUGUUCCUCUUCUCCGUCUUCUUCUCCUUCUCCAUCCCCAGGGUUCUAUCUCUCCUCUCUACCCUCUCUCCAUUCAAUUGGGAUACCCACAAACAAAUGUCGGCCUUCAGUCGCAAUCUGUGCAGCGCCGCCAGACGAAGCCUCCGUAGCCCGCAAGCCUGCAGAGCUGCCACGAGACCGAUUGUUGCCCGGGCUGCUGCUGUUGCUUCAUCAUCCCCAUUUGCUGCCCGUGUCGCCGCUGCAUCUUCCUUCUCCACCAUGUCUGCCCUCAAAAGUGCUGCCCCGCCUGUCCCCUCGAACCGCGAGUUCGACCCCGAAAUCACCGAUGUAGCCAGCUACGUCCACAACACCCCCAUUGAUUCCGAGCUGGCCUACGACACCGCCCGCUGGGUCUUUGUCGACACUCUGGGCUGCGGUCUCAAGGCGCUCGAGUUCCAGCAGUGCAAAAACAUCUUGGGCCCCGUUGUCGAGGGCACCGUCGUUCCCAACGGUACCAAGGUCAUUGGCACCAACUAUCAGCUCGACCCUGUCAAUGGCGCCUUCAACAUAGGCGCCAUGAUCCGAUGGCUCGACUUCAACGACUGCUGGCUGGCCGCUGAGUGGGGUCACCCUUCUGACAACCUGGGCGCCAUCCUCGCUGUGGCCGACUGGAUCACUCGUACCAACAAGGCUGGAGGCAAGCUCGGCAACGGCAAGAUCUUCAAGGUCAGAGACGUGCUCGAGGCCAUGAUCCGCGCCCACGAGAUCCAGGGUUGCAUGGCUCUCGAGAACUCGUUCAACAAGGUCGGUCUUGACCACGUGGUUCUCGUCAAGCUAGCCUCCACUGCCGUUGUCUCCAAGAUGAUGGGCCUCAGCGAGGCGCAGACCCGGGAUGCCAUUUCCCAGGCCUGGGUCGACGGACAGUCUCUCCGCACCUACAGGCACUCUCCCAACACCAUGUCCCGCAAGUCGUGGGCCGCUGGUGAUGCUUGCCAGAAGGCGGUCAACUUAGUCCUGAAGGUCAUGAAGGGCGAGCAGGGUCUCCCCACUGUCCUCUCUGCUCCCACAUGGGGUUUCUACGACAUCAACUUUGGCGGAAAGAAGUUUGAAUUCCAGAGGCCGUAUGGCAGCUACGUCAUGGAGAACGUUCUGUUCAAGGUUUCCUACCCUGCUGAGUUCCACUCGCAAACUGCCGUCGAAGCUGCCCAGCGCAUCAACAAGAAGCUCAAGGCCAUGGGCAAGAGCGCCGAAGACAUCGAGGGUGUCGUGAACCGCACACACGAGGCUUGCAUUCGCAUCAUCGACAAGCAGUUCAAGCCCAUGGAGAACUUCGCCGACCGAGACCACUGCGUGCAGUACAUGGUCUCGACCAUGUUCGUCUUCAACCGCCUCGAGGCCACCGACUACCCCGAUGACAGCGAAGCUGCCACCUCAGCCCUCGUCGAGUCGCUCAGGCAGCGCAUUUCGUGCGUCGAGGACCCGCAAUUCACGAAGGACUACCAUGACCCGGAGAAGCGUACCAUCUCCAACGCCCUGACGGUGACGCUCAAGGAUGGCACCGUGCUCGAGGAGGAGGUUGUCGAAGCACCCCUAGGCCACCGUCUGCGCCGCGAAGAGGCCAAGCCCGAGAUUCUGGCCAAGUUCAAGCGCCACUUGGGCCCUCACUUCCCCGCCGAGCACGUCGACAAGCUCGUCAAGCUCGCCGAAGACCCAAAGACGCUGGACAACAUGGACAUUGACGAGUAUGUAGACAUGUAUGUGAACAAGAACUACUAG